AUCGAUUCUAAUUAGCACAUUUUGUGCCUCAGCUGGUAGCUCCCCUUGAGCUCCGCUUGGAGAGGCUUUUUUUCUUUUUAGAAUCCACCCCGCUCAUAAACACUGCCACCCCUCCCUCCCUCUCUCUUUACAAAUGUUACAACACAAUCAGAAAUUUCCUCUUUUCUUUCCUUCCUGCAUUUCCAGCAGGUUCCCUUGCGUCAGAAGCCCAGGAAGAAAACUCAAGGGUUUUUCAGCAUGAGUCGGAGAAGGAUAUCCUGUAAAGAUCUGGGCCACGCUGACUGCCAGGGUUGGCUGUACAAGAAAAAGGAAAAGGGAACUUUCCUAAGCAACAAAUGGAAAAAGUUCUGGGUAGUGCUGAAGGGGUCGUCGCUGUAUUGGUAUAGCAAUCAAAUGGCAGAGAAAGCGGAUGGAUUUGUCAACCUGUCAGAUUUCACAGUGGAAAGAGCCUCUGAAUGCAAGAAAAAAAAUGCAUUUAAGAUCAAUCACCCACAGAUCAAAACCUUCUACUUUGCAGCAGAGAAUUUGCAGGAAAUGAAUGUGUGGUUAAACAAACUUGGAUUUGCUGUGACCCACCAGGAAUCCAUCACAAAGGAUGAAGAAUGUUACAGUGAGAGCGAGCAGGAAGAUCCUGAAGUAGCCGUGGAGGCACCACCCGCUCUGUAUGCUUCUGCAACUUCCUCUCCUGUGGCUGCACGGCGGGCAUCCUCUUCUUCACCUAAACGGAGAGAAACAUCAUGUUCUUUCUCUUCUCUGGAAAAUACAGUAAAGGCACCCAGCCGGUUUUCUUCCUCGGGAUCUAAAGAAAGACAGUCCUGGCACAACAUAGUUAACAGCUCACCUGCUACUGAAGAUGCGGGCCAUCCCCUGACACUUGCUGAGCAGGUCCACACACUUGCCUUCUCAGAAGCAAGCAAUUGUCAGGCCCCAGAAAACAGCUCCAUCACAUCAGAAAGUGGUUUUUUGAACUCGUUGUCUAGUGAUGUCACUUCUUCAUUGAAUAACAAGAAAGACCAUCUAACAGUCCCAGACAGAGCUGCUGGAUCAAGAAUGGCAGACAGAGAAGAAAUAAAAUCAUCUGAAGAUGAUGAGAUGGAAAAACUGUACAAAUCACUGGAGCAGGCUAGCCUGUCUCCUCUUGGGGACCGGCGGCCUUCAACCAAGAAGGAGCUGAGAAAGUCUUUUGUGAAGCGAUGCAAAAAUCCAUCGAUAAAUGAGAAGUUGCACAAGAUCAGAACCCUGAACAGCACAUUAAAGUGCAAAGAACACGACUUGGCGAUGAUCAACCAGCUGCUGGAUGAUCCGAAGCUGACGGCCAGGAAGUACAGAGAGUGGAAGGUCAUGAACACCCUGCUGAUCCAGGACAUCUAUCAGCAGCAGGUACCUCAGGACCCUGAAGUCACCCCUCAGGAAGUCAUGAACCCCACCUCUUCUGACUGUGUGGAAAACUCUCUUUGAGCAGAUACUUGGACCCCACCCCCAUCCCUGGUUCUAUACCAUUCUACAGGAUGCUGCCAAGGGCAUACAUUCUGCUUACAAGGAAAUCCCAAAACCCAGUUCCUGAGACAUCAUCCAUCCCCUGCGAGGAUGCAACCCAGGUGAAGCCAGUUCUGAUGCAGUGGGAAUCCUGGCUCCCAGAUGUUGCCUUCCUCAAUACUAGAAUGAAGUGAUGGAGUUCAUCUGCCCAGGCAUAUCGUCUGUGCUCCUACUGGGAGCUGACCAGAAUAAUGGGCUUUAGGUGGGAUGUGAAAUGGGUGAAACCCCUCUUUUUGCUUUCAAGAGAAUUACAACCUGCCAUAGACAAAAGGCUCAAUUUUACCAGGGAUAAUAAUUCAUGUUAUUUUGUUUUGCAAAAGAAGCAUGUAGAACUCCCUUUGGUGGGCAGCAGAGUUCUGCAAAACGUUGUGAGUGGAGGAAUUUCUUCCUUAUUAGCUACUUGAACUGGACGCAUGUUGUCAUUUGUGGAACACAAGGCUCUUAAUGUUGAUGUUCUAUUUGCUGAGCACUUAUUUGCAGAAUACAGUGUGGUGGGGGCAGAGGAUGGAGAGCCCAAGGAGGAGGCAUUUUUCCUGUUCUACUCAGAGGACAGCUUCAUAAGUUCAUGCUUUACAUAGGGCGGGGGAUGUGAUUAAUAUGCCCCUUCCUCACAAUGUAUAGGAGACAGACUAUCACAUAACCUUUGGAGAUGUCAUCCCCCCCCCCCCAGCUUCUCUGAACAGAGGUAGGAUAUUAAUACCCACUGUAAGGAAUAUUUUAUUGAGUUCACUCCUGCCUGUGGUGCCUAGAACCAGCAUGAAUUCCUGUCCAGUUUUCCUGGGAUACAAGUUUUCAAGGUUAUUUCUGAAUUGUUCUUAACUUGGAGAAGAACCCGGACCAGCAAAACAACAACGAAAUGCUUAAACGGGAUCAUUUUAUUUUUGUAUGUUUAUGUGUCAAAUGGUGUGAGAUAUGAACAGUGAUCUAUGUUUCUUAUUUAAAUAUAUUUAUAGAAAUGCAAAUUAUAGUGUUCUAAAAGAAAGUGUACUAUUAUGUGUUGAGAUAUAUAUAUAUAUAUAUAUAUAUAUAUAUAUAUAUAUAUAUAUAUAUAUAUUCUAGAAGCAUAUCUUUUUUGCUUGAGAAAAAUAGGUAUAGUAGUGACUUACUGGAAUUGUAUUGCACUAUGAUAUAUGAAGAAUGCUCAGGAAAUCUUGAGAGGAAACCGUGGGAGCAUGUAUUAAUAAUUACUAAUUUUCUGAAUGCUUUCUUUCCAUUACAAUCCCACUCUCAACUCCAGAGAUCUUACAUUUCAAUGCCCAUUACACAUCAUUUUCUUAACUAGCUCCUUAGGUUAGCUCUUCUAUUCAUAAAGGUUAAGCUUUAUGAUACUUAGUUGCCAUGAGUUGUAGACCCAAAGGGACACAUCUCACAAACUAUUGGGCCAAAUAAAAUAUCAGCAAUAUGAUUCCUAAUUAAAUACCAAUAAAAAUUAAAGUUUGUUGUUAAAGAGUUCUCAAGGAGAAACACUCCAUGCAGUUUGAGUUGCUAUGCCUGUCAGGACUGUUUCCUUUUUCUCCUGUGGCUAGCAGCUGUUCAGAGGGCAAUGUUUUGGGGGUUCGCAGUGAAAGGAAGCACUGGGGGGGGGGAGGCAAAUUAGCAUUGGAACAACCUUAGCCUGCAUAAAAAAUUUCCACUCAUGUCUUUUUUAUCAGCAACACCACUUUACAGACUCCCAUCCUCCCCCAGGUGGAAGCCACACACCCUUUUUAUGAGGGCUGAUUUUUAUGAGCCCAGGUGAGACUUUUGACUGUGCCUCUGGAAUGUCCCCGAGCACCCAUCUCAGGACACCAGUGGUGGAUCUUUGAGCACGAAUCUUUCAGAACCCAUGGCACUGGUUAAGAAUGAGGUUUCUCUGGGGACUUUUGGGGGCUGGGAGGAGGACCCUGAUGAGAGCCUGGUGGAGGACCCUCACUAGUUGAGAAGUUGCUAACACACAUAGGUCCCACAUUUCUCUGUUGUUUGGAGGAUGUCUGUCAUUUGUAAGAGUUCUUAGCUUUCCCUAUCGCUUUAAUCUGAGGUUAGAUUCAGAGUCCCAGAAAGAUGCUGGAGCAAGCAGUUUCGAGGAUUCCAACAGGCCAAGAAAGAGGUCGGGUUUGGAGUCAGAUUUUCAGUGCGAACCCAUGCCUUCUAUUUGCACAGCUCUUUGAAGUUUACAAACUGUAUGUUCCAGACCCCCUUCCCUGCAUCCUACCACCCCAUAGGCUAACUGGGAUGAUUUUGAACUAUGGGUGUAAUGAAAUGCCUGGCUCAAAGCCCCAAGUGGUACAGCCAGAACCUUGAUUUUGAAUUUCAGGUCUGUCAGCCCUCUCUGCAGAGGAGGAAUGAUUGUCUUGGCUUAGCCUGCUGGGAAACAAAUGGUCUGACUUGGGUCCUGUGUCUAUUACUCUGGGUUCCGCACACCUGGCUGCUGCGGCUUCUGCCGAAUCCCUAAAGGGCCAGCUGCUUUGCCACUGGGUUUUCUGAGAACUGGAGUUUGACCUGACUGUUGUUUCUUUUAGUCCGGUCUAUAAAAAGACACUAUGUUAGCACUGUGAGGACUUUAAAGCUAAAGGAUGCAAGUCUUUAAAGAGCUGGAAAAAAUGCUUAUUUUUCUAAUUUUUCCUUUUGCGAUGCGAACUGUCCUGCCAUGUAUCAGAGACUUCGGGAUUAGAAAUGAGUCAGGGGAUUGUGAUGAGGCUCAUUCCCCCAGGGAGGCUUCAGACCACAUCGUCACCUCACAGAGAGGGAACAAAGGAAAAGAAAAAAGGUUUUCAGUCUUUUGAGGAGAGGUACUCUACCGAUGUAAGCCAUAUGUAAUUUUACGGGCACAGGCUUCUUUGUAAAAAGAGAAAGACAGUAUUUUGAUACAGCGAUACAAAUGAUCUAGGUACAGAGGGUGACGGUUCAAAUGUCACAUUAUAUUGCAGCAGUGCUCGGCCCACAUGCAGUUUUAGAAUGUAGUUCUGCUUCCGGCUAACAGAAUAGGAUAUACUAAGAAGAUUUCCAAUCUCUUUUCUAUCAAACACUUCUGUAUCCAUACCCACAAGAGAAAUUCAAUCCAAGAUGUAGGAGAUUUCUGCCAGCUUAAGGUUUUGUCACCCGUAAUAGUAAAAGCCCCUCAAAUUAGGUUUUCUAAUCCCUGUGAAAUGGAUGGGUUAAAGGGAUGUUCCAUUUACAGAAACCCAACCUUCUCAGCCACACCGUGUCACAUGGAGCACACGAAAACGAACCCUGCAUUUAAAAAGAAACUUCUCCAUUUCCUUCAUUGUAAAGAAACUUAGUUGCUCUGUAUUGAUGUCUCUUUAGCUUUAGUCCAAAGGGAAGCAUGCCCCAUGGAGACAUUUAACAUCCUGUAAUGAAAAUCAUGGUUUAAGUCACCACAUGUUCUGCUGUUGCAUGGCGGGGAUGGGGUUCAACAAUGCAUGGUAUGGGGCAAGAUGCUACUGUAGGGUUAAUACCUUACCUGUCAUUGUGCUUUGGGUCAUUGUCAUCUCUCUGUUUUGAGGAAACUGAAAACCGAGGCAUGCCUCAUUUCUCCUGUUCCCUGUUCCCCAGGAUGACUUGUAAGAUGAAGAUAAAAUGCAAACUGUCUAGUAAAAUGGUAUGAAAAAAAAAGUCCAAACACACUAAUUGUGUUCAUUUUCUGACUUCCAUUAUUUCUUUCUCCUUGAAGACUAAAAUAAACAACCAGACAAACUACCACCUGCAAAACAGUGUGAAAACACUAACCUGUAGCUGGGUUUUUGAUCUUCAACAAGGGUUCUUGCGCCCUCUCGUGGUCAAAAGGAAGAUAACAGAUUUCAGAAUUGUGAUUUUUUUGAAAGAAAAGAUAAUUUU